AUGGCCGAGGACGCUCCUACAUCCAUGGACCCGGGCGUGCUCCCAAAGCCUGCAGUCACAAACACAGUCUCAGAAGAGCCGUUUGAUGGCAAGGAAGAAUGGAAACACCGUCCACCUUAUGCGCUCCGGUCGAUGAAGGAAUUUGGCGAGGUGAAAUGGCGAGGUAGCUGCCAGUGCGGACAAGUCACCUAUAUGCUGAACAGGGAUAAGCCACUCGCGGCGAAGUUCUGUCAUUGCAGAGGAUGCCAGGUUAUGCAUGGCGCUCCCUUUCAAUGGGCUGCCAUUUUCCACAAGGAGGACAUGAUGUUCAAGAAUGGCUCCCGGGGGUUAUCUUUCUAUGCCUCUGGUGAGAAGAGCCGCGACUACCAGACCCCGACAAAGGUUUCUUGCGCCUGGUGUCGAACACCAAUCAUGGACGAAGGCCGCAAGGUCGUCUUGAUUUUCCCCGAGUUGAUCGAUUUCGGACACACAGAUGAGGAGCAAAGAGAACGGAGAGAGGUAUUCGAGGUUAAUUGCCACAUCUUCUACAGUAAGCGUAUAGUCGAGAUCCCAGAUGGGAAGCCAAAAUGGUCAGGGUUGGAUAACGAAAGUGAGCUCCUAGACGAUGCGGGCCACAAACUAUAA